AUGUAUGCACAAGCGUUGCUUUACCGUGAUAUACACGGGCCGAGCGCUACAGAGUCGCGCUCGCCAAGUGCUUUUUCGUCCAACUCAUCCAGCAUGCUACUGCUGCAAACACAAAGCAACUACAGUUCAUCCUUCGCUGAUCUUCUGUCAUCGCAGUAUCAAGAAGACUCUGAAAUCUUAGACGAGAACUUAGAUCCAUUUCCGGACGUAGAAUUCCAUGCACCUAUUCAACCGGAAAUAAAGUCACAACGAACUACGCCUGUAAGCGAAACUCCAUCGCCGACGCCCGGACCGGCGUUACCGAGUUUUGAGGAGACCUACUCGGUUAGAUAUCCUAAACUAGAAAUGGCAGAAUUCGGUAUUAAAAUGGACGAAGAUUGUUACAACGUAGGACCAUACUCCCACCAGGGUCAUGCAUCAACGCAAUUACUUUAUCAAUACCACCAGCCAACAUUACCCUACGUUCCCUCGCCAUACUAUGCACCGGCUCAACCCUGCAGUCCAACAUUCGAUACAGGGAGCGUCACUCCGACACCGGAUUCAUACUCUUUACCACCUUUCCCUAGUUCAGUUGACUUACACAUAACAACAGAUCAAAAUUCAAGACAACGGCGAGCCUCUCUACCAGUACAAAGAUCGGAAUCGAGCAGCUCAAAUGAGAGUCCCAAAAUUCACGGUGGAAGAGUUCAUUGCAUGCAAGCAUCAGCCCCUAGUUCUGCAGCGAGUUCGCCAGGAGGUGUACCGCAAGAUAACGUGGUAACCCGCGCGGCCCCUCAGUCACCCAGUCAGUUAUGUGCUGUUUGUGGUGAUACAGCUGCUUGCCAACACUACGGUGUAAGAACGUGCGAAGGAUGUAAAGGAUUCUUUAAAAGAACAGUACAAAAAGGAUCAAAAUAUGUAUGCUUAGCCGAAAAAUCUUGCCCAGUUGAUAAAAGAAGACGCAAUCGGUGUCAAUUUUGUCGUUUCCAAAAAUGUCUCGCAGUCGGCAUGGUAAAGGAAGUCGUCAGAACAGACUCGUUAAAGGGAAGACGCGGACGGUUGCCGUCCAAACCAAAAUGCCCGCAGGAAUCUCCCCCGAGUCCACCAAUCUCACUCAUCACGGCUCUUGUUCGAGCACACGUUGACACGUCGCCAGACUUCUCUAACCUAGAUUACUCACAAUUUAGAGAACCAAAUCCGAUGGAGCCACCGAUGUCAGACCUAGAAGUUAUUCAACAAUUCUACUCGUUACUAACGACUUCCAUUGACAUGAUAAAGGUGUUCGCGGAAAAGGUACCUGGUUAUGGAGAGCUUUGUCCUGAAGACAGAGAACAAUUGUUUGCAUCCGCUCGCUUGGAAUUAUUCGUACUUAGACUUGCUUACCGCACGCGGCCUGAAGACACCAAGCUAACAUUCUGUAAUGGACUUGUGCUUGACAAACGCCAAUGCCAACGAUCAUUUGGAGAUUGGCUUCAUGCAGUACUGGACUUCAGUAAUACUCUGCAUUCAAUGGAUAUUGAUAUUUCAACAUUUGCCUGUCUUUGCGCUCUCACUUUAAUAACAGAACGGCACGGCUUGAAGGAGCCCCACAGAGUAGAGCAAUUGCAAAUGAAGAUAAUUGGGUGUCUACGGGCACACAUGCCUGGUGGCGGGGGCGUAGGAGGAGCUGGGGCUCCACACUUCAGCCGAGUUCUUGGAGCUCUACCUGAACUACGAUCUCUCUCCGUACAAGGACUCCAGCGCAUAUUCUACCUGAAACUCGAAGACUUAGUACCAGCACCACCUCUAAUCGAAAACAUGUUUCGCGCAAGCUUACCGUUCUAA